CCAGACACCAUGGCUAAAGGCCUAAAGGUAGUGAGAUCUAAACAAUAGAAAAAGACAAUAAAAAAAAAACCAGUCUUUGGUCUUCCAUUCCGCGUCUACCCCUUCAACCCUAAAGGGCCAAACAAAAACCGGAAAUCUCAAACCAAAGCGAAUAUUACCCAUUAAGAAAACAUAAGCAAAGCUCCAUCUUUCUCUCUUCUUCAAACUUCCUUCCUCUUCUUCGCCCACUUCUCGCUCUCCGCAUCUCUUGGCUACGAUGAUAUUUUCAAAGCUAAUAACAAGCGUUUCUCAUUCUCAAUGUCUUCUCCUUUCCCUCUCCUAAUUCAUCUUCUUGUCUUCAUCUCCUCUCUCCUAUUCUCCCCUGUUUCAUUCGUUUCUUCGUAUCCCCUCUCAACCAUCGCCAUAUCCCAAGUCGGUAACCAGACCGUAAUCUGCGCACUUCAACCCUCCAGUGACGGGGGCCCUUAUGCUCUCAAUUGCAAGGCGUUGCCGAGCGGCAAGCGCCACACAUACAGCUCUUCCGGAGGCUUCCUGUACUCCGCCGUUGCUGCCGGCAAUGGCUUCCUCUGCGCCCUCAGCUCAGAGCAGGCAAACCAGUCCAUUUCCACUAUGCGGUGGUGGGACUUCUCUCAAACGCCUGCCCCCUCAAAGCGCGUCUAUAAAGGCCCCUCUUUGACGGCCCUCGCGUCCGGCGACUUCCACGUCUGCGGCCUAAUUGGUGGCUCCGGCAAGCCCAAUUGCUGGCGAUGGCCGGAGCUUAUCAUACCUUCCGACCUUCGCUUCACCGCCAUAUCCGUCGGUGGAGACUUCGUCUGCGGCCUCCAUGACUCCAGCAUAGCUCGAUGCUUUGGCAGCAACGCCAGCGGAGUCGUUGGUAACGAGCCGAAAGGGGAAUUUGCAUCGAUUGCCGCCGGGACUCAGCACGCCUGCGCGGUAUCUAUCUCCGGCGAACUUGUCUGUUGGGGCGCCGGAGCGCCGCAAGGCACGGUGUCGGAGGUUAGCUCGCUGGCUCUCGGUGAUGGUCGGACCUGCGCCAUAAGGAUCAAUGGAACAGUGUCCUGUUUAGGAGCCGGCGCCGAGCUGCCGCCAGAUUUCGAGACAGCGCAAUUCAUGUCAGUGGAAGCACGGGGCGGAGCGUUCUGCGGCGUUCUCACGGAGAACUACUCUGUUAUUUGCUGGGGAAACGAUGUUUUUCACCAGAAUCAUGUGGUCUUUAAUCAGGUUCUACCGGGGAGCUGUCUUCCCAUUUCAACCUGUCGCUGCGGAGUCCUUCCCGGCUCCGGGAACACCUGCGGCCACAGCGAGGCCAUCUGCCAGUCCUGCCCACGGCCAUUUCCACCUCCUCCACCACCGCUAUCUCCGCCACCACGGAAACCUCCUCCACCAUCUGCGCAGCAAGCUGCCUCCAUCUCCCCCACGCAUUCAUCCAACCGAAGACAGCUCCUUUUCAUCCUCCUUGGUGCCGUUGGAUUCGGCAUCGGCUGUUUAGCCUCCGCCUGCUUCUUAAUCAUCCGCGCCAAAAACCAAAGCGGCCGGGUUCACGAUUCCGGCCGCGUUCCACCGGCUACAAAUGCUGCCGACCCAGGCAUCAACCUAAGCCUAUCGAGACUAUUCACCAAAGGGCCCAGCCCUAUGGUCGAAGAGUAUACAAUAGAAGCCCUCCUCGCCGCAACGGAGGGCUUCGCCGAAAAGCACAAGAUCGGGUCAGGCGGUUUCGGGUCGGUGUACCGCGCAACUCUACCCAACGGGCGAAUCGUCGCCAUCAAGCGCGCUAAGCCUCCGCCGGCGGCGGCGCGCACCCCAACAGCCUCAACAUCGCGUAGCGUCCCAUUACGCCGGCGGGAGAUGGAAACCGCGUUCCUCGCGGAGCUCGCAUUACUCUCUCGUGUGAACCACAAGAACUUAGUCAGGCUAUACGGGUUCUGCCGCGAGGGCGCGGAGCUCAUCCUGGUUUACGAGUUCAUGACACGCGGUACCCUCGACGCGCACCUCCGCCUCCCCGGCCCUCCCGGGUCGCCGCUCGAGUCAUGGGCUGGGCGAAUCCGUAUCGCGCUCGACGCAGCGCGGGGGAUCGAGUACCUGCACGCCUAUGCCGUCCCGACUAUAAUCCACCGCGACAUAAAGUCUUCCAACAUACUUCUGGACGAUGACUGGACCGCUAAAGUCUCCGACUUUGGACUGUCGCUUCUAAACCCGAAAGAAGGGGAGGUGGAGGAGGAGGACGAGGAUGGUGCCGCUGCGGCUGCGGCGGGGACUGUGGGUUACAUGGACCCAGAGUACUAUCGACUUCGGCAUUUAACGGCGAAGAGCGAUGUUUAUAGCUUUGGGGUUGUGCUGCUGGAGCUGUUAACGGGGUCUAAGGCGGUGGAAAGGAGCGCGGAGAGUGGGACGCCGAGGAACUUGGUAGAGCACGCUGUGCCGAGAAUAGAGGUGGAUGAGGUACACUGCGUGCUCGAUGGGCGGCUUCCGCCACCAACCCCUUGUGAGAUUGAGGCGGUAACUUAUGUCGGGUAUUUGGCGGCGGAUUGCGUCAGUCCGGUGGGAAUGGACCGGCCGAGUAUGACGGAGGUGGUAGCUGGGUUGGAGCGAGCGUUAUUGGCUUGCCUGGGUGCGUGCGGAGCGACGAACCAAACCGGUACGGGGCCGACCGGGUUCACGAGGGCCACAGAAGAGAGAUCUGGGUAACACGUGCGGCUUUGGGAUUGGGCCUUGGAGAUUCAUGGAAGUCUAUUUGUUAAUAUUUUUUUUUUUGUUGCUUUUCUUUUUCUUAAUGUUGGAAGGAUCAUUAUUCAUUUUUUGGGCUUU